AUGUUGCAGAAUCCCUCGAAAUAUCAUCCAAAUCCGUUUUCCCACUUAUUGGCCUUGCAUAGUUCUCAGGCUGUGGCAAAUAACAAUAUUGCCACACAACAUCAUCAAUCGCAUUUGGUGGCGCUACCACCGGUUUUCGCUACACAAAGUCAACUCCAACUCCAACAACAGCAACAACAACAACAGCAGCAGCAGCAGCAGCAACAACACUACCACAACCAUCACUCAACAAUGACGGGCACUAAUCAACAGCCCAACAACAAUGCAUUCCUCUUACAAAAUCAACCACCACGUGAGCUACAACAACAGCAACAACAACAACAACACCAACAGCAACAACACGCCAUCCGCCCAUUUCUGCAUUCAACGCAAACACGCACUCACGAGCUGCUAGACACGACAAGUACCUCCCUCGACAUGGGCAAGUCAUUCACGAUUGCCGCCAUUUUGGGUCUGCAGAAGAGCGCCAUGGAGAACAGUUGUAAGGACUACAACAACGCGAUUAAUUUGUCAUUGAAUAGCAGUGAUGAGGACGGCAUCAGAGAAUCAUUUGUUCGUCGGACGGCGUAUAGUAAUCAAAGUAAGAAUUUUAGUGACGAUGAGGUGGAAAAUAUUGAGCAACAAUCACAUCAACAUUUGCGGGCGUCAAAUGGCAAUGCUGGCGCGGCGCUGAUACACCGUUAUUUGCCCAUACCGGUCUCCAUCAUCAACAACAACAACAACAACAACAACAACAGCAGCAGCAGCAGCAGCAACAACAGCAAAAGUCUAUUAUUGUCGCAUGUUCGUUCGGUUGCAUCAGCUGCGGCAGCUGCAUCGGGUGGUACAUCGUCGGCACUACAGAGCCUGCAGCAAUUGCAUCAGCAUCACGCUCAGCAAAGCUCAUUGAGUCUUCAACGAGAGAAACACAGAUCUGAAAGUAAUGCGAAGAAGUCUUCCCUGAAAAAUAAACGAGUUCGCACCAUCUUCACACCGGAGCAACUGGAGCGUUUGGAAGCUGAAUUUGAAAGACAACAGUAUAUGGUCGGACCAGAGCGGCUUUACCUAGCACACACUUUACAACUGACCGAAGCACAGGUGAAGGUGUGGUUUCAGAAUCGACGCAUCAAAUGGCGAAAACAUCAUUUGGAAAUCACACAACAACGUCUCGCUCUUCUACGUCAAACACAAUUGCCGGGCACAACAGAGCCCUUAGGCGGCGCUAUUUCCGUGGGCGCAUCCAUAGUGAAUAACAGUGGCAUACCAAAUAAUAAUAACAACAACCCGGUACUCGAGGAGCGCACUUCAUCUCCAAUCAGUUGUGGUGGUGCUGAAGACAACGAUGAGCUCAGUAAACAUGGCGAAGAAUUCCAUUCACUCAGUCGUGGUAGUCAUUCGAGCUCUGAAUCGGAUCUCUCGAUAUGCAAUGAUUCCAUCGAUGCUGGCAGCGCGUUGGAGGGUAUUGAGGACACAUAAGAAUUUGUAACUUUUUCACUCGUACAUUGACGUCUGUACACAAUUCCUGAUACAUACUCAUUUAUAAUGUAGAAUUUAGUUUU